UGUGGCGGUAGAGAGAGGAGGGUGUUUGGCACGCGGUUUGACGUCAGCAGUCCUCCGGUCUCACACAUGGGAGGUCUGUCCUCGGUCUGUCCGCCUCCCGCAGCCCGGUCAGGCACCGCAGCACGCGCCCACAGCUCGUCCCGCGCUCAAUUUUUAUUCUAACACUCUGUUUUUAUACUGAGGACUUUUUUUUUGUUGUUAUUUCCAUGUAGGCUGCAGAGCCGAGGACCUCCUCCAACAACAUAUUUGACUUUUUUUUCUUCAUUUUUCUUCUUCACAUAUUCCUGCUUUAUUUCUCCUUCUUCUUGUGUUGUUUUUCUUUCUUUUUUUGAUCCCGAUGCAAGGAGGCGUGAUGGAGAAAAUGUCCCGACAUCCCUUAAAUCCAAGUUUUCUCCCUCCAGCGACGCACGGAGUCCUCAAGUCUCUGCUGGAGAACCCGAUGAAGCUGCCGCUGCAUCAUGAAGGUUUCAGCAAGGAGCAGGAGAAGGAGAAGAACCUGGAGGAGGAGCGUAGUGUCCCCCAGUCGGCCUUCCUGGGCCCCACGCUGUGGGACAAGACGCUGCCCUAUGACGGAGACACCUUCCAGCUGGAGUACAUGGACCUGGAAGAGUUCCUGUCAGAGAAUGGCAUCCCCUCCAGCCCCGCCCAGCACCACCACCACAGCCAACACCAACCGCACGCUCCGCUGCGCCAGCCGCCAAUCAUGCCUCAGGCUCCGCCCACGUCGACACCCUCGGUGAUGGAUCUCAGCAGCCACGCCUCCACCUCCGUACACACGAGUGUCAUCUCUCCAAACUGCCUGCACAGCAGCCCGGCAAGAGCAGCCCUCCCCAACUCCAGAAACACUCCCAGCCCCAUCGACCCAGACUCCAUCCAGGUUCCUGUUGGGUACGAGCCCGACCCCGCCGACCUGGCGCUGUCCAGCGUGCCGGGGCAGGAGAUGUUCGACCCGCGCAAACGCAAGUUCUCAGCCGAAGAGCUGAAACCGCAGCCCAUGAUCAAGAAAGCUCGCAAGAUCUUCAUCCCAGAGGACCUGAAGCAGGAUGACAAAUACUGGGCCAGGCGCAGGAAGAACAACAUGGCAGCCAAGAGGUCCCGGGACGCGAGGCGGCUCAAGGAGAACCAGAUUGCCAUCCGAGCCAACUUCCUGGAGAAGGAGAACUCAGCUCUGCGGCAAGAGGUGGGUGAGCUGAGGAAAGAGCUGGGACGCACCAAGAACGUCCUCGCCAAGUACGAGGCACAGCACGGCCCGCUGUGAGGACCCAUACACACACACACACACACACACACACACAUAUAAAUAUAUAAACAUAAAAACACACACACUGAGAAUGACGACCCUGCCUCCUCCUGUUCCACCAGCGACCCUCCUUUCACCUUUCCACAAUCAGUCCUUUAGGCUCCACUCAUGGCAGGUCAAGGGUUAACAUUUCCCCGAAAAAAUAGGAAAUACAUAUACAAUCUAUAAGUCCUGAGCCCUAUGGAAACAGAACAAUCAUGGCUAGAAGUGGGGAGAACUUACACAUUUCUUUUUUGCAGAAUAACACAGUUAUAAUAACAUUUAUUUAAAUAAAGACCCUUAUUUUUUUGGCAUUUUUAAGACACAUCACUUUGUAUGUACAUGUAAUGUAAUCACUGAUGAUGUGUCUAGGAGGUGUAUAAUAACCCUUCAGACAUUUUGAUGGAAUCCAAACUAUUUGAGCUCAGAUAGGGGUUCAUUUUAUUUAUUAUUUUUAGAUAAAUAUUAAAAGAUGGGAAAAGUCUGCAGAAUGCAUAAUGUGUCAAAGAACAUACAGUAUAUUUAAGUUAUUUACCAGCUGAUGAGGAAUCAAAAAAGCUUCAAGCUUGAAACAUCACUUGGUUGAAAUUAAAUUAAAUAUAUGUUGAUGAAAGCAUAAUCUUGUGCAGAAAAUCAAUUUAUUUUGUAUUAUACAUGCUUUUCUCUCCUCUAUUUCUUAUUUUAUAACCUGUUCAUCAUAUGGAUGUGCAUGUUUUUGUAAAUCUCAUGUGCUUUGUGGAAACCACUUAGUUUUGGGCACAUUUUUAUGAAAUAUUACUAAUUUAAUUUUAAAUCCAAUAAUUUUCCAGAUGGAAGCGUUUUUUCUGAAAGUUAAAACCUGACAAUUAUUUUAGUUUUUCCAGCAUUUGCUGUGAUAAAUGGUGAAGCAUACCUUUAUAACCCGCCGGCGGGUUGUUGGGUACUGAAUAAUCUUUGGCAGCAGAUUAUUUCCUCUUUCUGAGCCACAAAUAUUUAACAUAUUAUCAACAAAACCUGCUUAAAGCUGCUCUUGAGCGGCGGCCUGUAACAUGCCGUGAGUUGAGCCUGUUAAUCAGGAUUAUUACACACACACACACACACACAUCUGGUCACGGACUCCUCUUCAGGUCACAAACUGCCGCCCCAGCUGACCUCUGACCCCUCCUCCUCUCCCAGUGUACGAUAACGGCACUUUAGGACGACCGACGCCUCGCUCUCUGCCGACCCCCCUCACAGACUCCAGGUGUUGUUCCCACAAUGCACCUGUUCACGUGUACAUACCUGCCUUUGUUCCGCUCCUGAUGACUCUGUAUAUGAAUGUGUACCGCCUCUUGCCGCUCUGUUAUUGGUCAAUCAGCAUUUUUUGUUUUUAUUUUCUUAUUGUCAGGGCCCAUCUGAGCAUUUUUUGGGGGGCCCUCAGCAGUAUUUUUAUGAAUAUUUAUGGAAAGUAAAAAUAUUAACAAAUACAAAGAAAAAACAUCACUUUAAGAUGCACUCACUGAUUUUGAUACGGUGUUUCAAAAAUGCCAGAAAAAAUGUAUAGGAACCCCUGAAAUGUUUUAUUUUUUAUACUCCCAAAAUUGGUUUUAGCUUCAAUUUGUCCCCAAAAUGUGUUUCUUAUAAUCAUUAAAUGUGCUGUAACAACAUCAGCGAGUGUAUUUUUAAAUAUUUAAAUUGAAACAGUUAAUAGAGGAACCCAAAGAGAGUGUUUCAGCUUGUGUUCAUGUUCAGUUUGAUGCCAACAGAGAAAGAUUUUUUUUUUAAAUGCCCUAAAGAGCCAGCUACAGCCAGCUAUCAGACCUCAGCUCUUCAGUUCGGUAUCUGUCUGUAGAUCUAUCGUGUUGACCUGUUUGUCCGUAUCAUGUUUGUAUCUUCGUGUUGGAUACGAGCUGUUUGUGUCUCUUUCUGACCGUCCACAUGUUAAAGUCCUAAGUCUGCUGUGAUGUUUAAUCUGAAAAGCUGUGAAAACAGAAAGACGCUGUAGAAAUCUCAACACUGCUGCCUCAUUUGCAAAAAUGAAGAGAUUAGUUUUCAUUUGAUACUUUAUUUUGAAUUUACAAGAGUUAAUUGUUGCUCUUUUGAUUGGUUCAGUUUGAAAAUUCAUACCAGUAGAGGGCUACAGACACUACAAGGGUAGAAUAAAACUCAACUAACUUAGUCCAGAAAAAGACAUAAUGUUUUUUCCAACUCUGGGAACUUGCUCAAGAUAUAAUCGCAAACAAGAUGGCUUGAGCGUGCAAGAACUUUGUGCAUGCAUCAUAAUAUAAUAUGUAAAGUAGAUUGUUCUUUUUGCAAGGAGAAUAAUCAAGACAAUAGAUUUUGUCAGGCUAAGUCACAAAGAAUGGUAUGCAUCAUGAAAGUUUGAGUAAAGACACAUUUAUGGAUCAAUUUGUUGAUUUAAUAGAUAAAAUGUUCUGUAAAAACUGAGUUUCUCCACAAAGAAUCCUGCAAAAGCACCACUUAAAAAAGUCAUUUAGCUUAAAAAGCUGAAAAAACGACUAAAUAAAUCUUAGUUGACUGAGACUGAAACAACCAAUUAGUUAACUUUUUAGGGAGCACACCGAGAUAUAUUGGACCUCAUGUGAGAUAAUAUCCGUAUUAUUAUCUUAACUUUCUCUAACUUGUCAGGUAUCAUUUAUGCAGGAUUGUAAUAGUCUAAAUCUCUGCAAAGUAAUAUAAAAUAUGAAAUACACAAUCCUGCAUAUGACGUCUACAACAGAAAAGAAUUGUGUUUCUGUCAAAGAGAAAAUUAAAAAUACGGAAUUAUAAAAGUUCCCCUAAAUCAUUUGUACAAAAAUGUUCGUACAAGUGUUUCUUGCAUGAGUUCCAAUAUUAAUAAUAAUUUUCCUUUUGUGAAUUUAUUACUAUCUGAUGUGCACAAGAUAGUAAGUUGAUAUUAUUUGUGUGCUCAUGUGUCAAACAGACUGUAAUGAGAGUCAGAAUAUAUCCUCAUAUCAGGUCAGAAAUCUUAAUCUCACACUAACUGCUCUUAUAAUUGAUCGUGGAUAUGAUUGAUUAAAGGAUGAGGAAGUUUUGUGCAGAGGUUUCUACAGUGUUGAGCUGAUCAGGUGGCAUCACAGCUGAACCCACAUGGUGUUACAUCAUUAUUAAUUAGUGUUUUCCUCCUGAACGUCACUGCUUUGUGUUUCCACAACUCUGUUUUUUGAAUGUUGUUUAACAAACCAAGCAUUGUUUUUUUGCUGACAACAUAAUUAAGUUCCCCUCAGUUUUUCACCUCAUUAGUUAAAAACUGAUUAACAGAAAAACAAUCUGGUUGUUGUUUCAUGUGUGUUUUACGACCCAGAUUGAUUUUCCGUUAACAAAGUGUGGCUUUUAUUUUGAAAAGCUUCUUACAUUAGGACGAAUGAUUCUUAAACAAAAAAAAAUCCUGCCUUUUCUUCUACAUAGAAACCAAACAUGUGCAAUAGAUGUUUCUUCUUCACGGCUCUGGCAUGAACUUUAUUUUUAUUUUUCUGAAGUGUAGCUCAGCGAUGCCCCCCAGUGGCCGAGCGAGACAUGAAUGUAUAUAUGUUUGAGUGGUGGAAUCACUUUAGUACUACAGACCAAAAGAACACAGUAUAUAAAGGAUAUAUUGAUAUAUAUAGAUAUAUAUAUAUUAAAGGUUUUAAUGUUUAUACAGAGUUUUUGUACAGUCUGUUUUUAGAUAUUUCCUGUGUAUUUUGGAAAGGGUUACAUGAAUAUAAAGCAGUAUAUUACACAUAUAGGUAUAUUUACCAAAACGGCGUGCCCGACCAGUCGUGGCGAUGCAUGGGCAUUAAAAACCAGAUCCUUUCCUCCCUGCGUAGUUGAAAUACCUCAGACCCUCUGUGUCACCUGUGCUCCAUCAGCUGACUCAGGCCACACCCACCUCCACACACACACUUCAGUUUGACGGCUGAUUUUUUUUCGGCCUACAGGAAUGUAUCGAUCCAAUCUGAAGCACUUGUUUUUUUAUUUUAUUUCUUUUUUGUUCGCUGUGAUUUUAUCUCUCUGCUCUCUUUCUUCUGUUUGUUCAAAGAUAUUUUUCCUAUAUUUGUCCUUGAUUAUGUUUCUCAUGAUCAAAAACAAUAAUAAAUAAAUAAAUAAAUCCAGA